AUGGCGAAACUCCCGAAUCCCUCUGUCACGCCCCAAGCGCUUUCCCGCCUUUGUCCGAGGAUCAUCCAUCGCCUGCGAAUCCGACCAAAGCAGCCUGACAUCACAACCUCCGAAGCAUCCCGCCCUCCAUCAUCCGCAAUCCAACAUUGGCCCGUCAUUCCCUGUGAAGAUGAUACAGUAUCCAACAUGGCGCACAUCGUGAGCACGGCUUCGCCCGUGCCUUCUGAAAUAUUUGCGCUGGUAGCAACUCUCGUUAUCUCGAUCGUCGUCCUCCUGAUCCUCCGUCACUUCCUGCCGCUCCGAACGACUCCCGCAUUUUACCUCGUUCCCAUAUUUUUCGCCAUCUUUCUUCCUGCCGCGAUCGUCUUACUCGUUCCAAUCGAUCUUGCGUCAAGCGCAAGAACAGAAGACGAUGCGACCCGAGGAAUAUGGCUCCCCGAGAGGGUACUCCUUGUAUCUUGGAGAAUCACCUACUGGCUCACCUUUGCCCUCACCUGGUUCAUCCUUCCCGUCCUUGCCGAAUAUUCCGACUCCGGACAUCGCGAGCCCUAUGGCAAGCUCAUGUACUCGUUGCGCUCGAAUGCCCAGUUUCACGCCAUGGUUCUCGGCUCGAGCGCCGUUGGGCUAAUAUAUAUCUUCAUAACCUACGGCUUUUCGCUGGUCUCACUUAAGAGUGUCAUCAUGGCCCUUGCUUACUGUUGGGGUCUCGUCUUUGCCAUCUACCUCAUGGGCCAUGGCCUCGUCUCAAUACCCCGUCGGCUCUUCCGGAACGCCAGCGUUAGCGGCCGCCUUCGCCGGCUUCAGAGCCAUGCGCCAGCGCUUCACGAAAAGAUGGAAGAUUCCUUAUUGACUCUCGAAGACAUCGAGGCGCAGGUCAUCUUGCUAAGCCGCCGCAAGGUUGGCAGCGCGAGGGACUUUAGCGAAUGGAUCGAGGAACUAGUCGAAAUGGGCGGUCUCGAGGACGCCCCCAAGGGCCGCUGA